AUGGCUCGAGUUGUGCAGAAACCCGAGGUGGAGCUGCUGCCGGUCACGCAGGAGGACUUGCCUCUCAUCGCUGAAGGGCACCUCGCCGCUUUCCCAACGUUCUACGCUCCCCUCGAACCCUCCUCCAAGCUCCCGUCCCACGAAAUCCGCGUACAGCGCUUCACCAUCCGCCUGUCCAAGAUCCUCUCCCGUCCCGACACGCUAUGGACGAAAGCUGUCCUUGCUUCGGGCCCCGAGAAGGGCAAGUUUGUUGGGCUGGCGGUCUGGCAUGCGCCUGGUGCGCCAGUUGUCAAUCCUAAGAGACGGUGGAUCGAGGGUGCGGCGGAGGAGAGCGAAGAGGACAGGCAGGCGUGGGAUCAUGUCGAUAUGGAGGCGUGGGAGAAGGUUUGGACCGAGUGGGACGCCGUGAGGGCGCGGAUCAUGGACGGGAAGGACCACUGGUACCUCUGCCCCGUAUGGGUCGUCCCCGGCUACCAAGGCCUCGGCAUCGGUCGCAAGCUGAUGCAGCAAGUCCUCGACCUGUGCGAUGCCCAGCAACCGCCUACGCCGAUCUACCUCGAAGCGUCGAAGGAGGGCAAGCCGCUGUAUGAGAAGCUCGGGUUUGAGGUUGUCGGAACGAGCGACUAUGUCGAGAUGGUGCGCUGGGGGAAGAGGGAGUAA